AUGUUGUUUCAUACAAAGAAGAUUACAUAUAGCUCAAAAUGCAUAGCUCAAAAGUUUAAACAAAAGUGUAAUGCAUCUCUUGAGAAAGAUGGUGAUUAUGUACCUGAUGAGAAUGAAGAAGUUGAGUAUGAGAAAGAAACUCACAAUGUGACUUCAAACAAGAAGGUGCAGCAAGGACGAGAUGAAGUGCAACACUCUGAGAACAAUAAUGAUAAUGAUUUGCAAGGUCGAGAAGGUUAUAACAAUUUAGAUCAAACAAGAGACAUUAAUUUAGAAGAUCAAGAAGAUUUCAACAAUGCAGACAUGAUUAGAAGUUAUGAUGAUGAAAUACCUAUAAAUGAAGGAGAAGACAACAAUGGACUUGAGGAUGAAGAGGAACGUGAUAAGAAGUUAGAGGAAAGGAAAAAGUAUAUCAUGGAAUCUUUGAAUAAGAAGUACAGGAAUUAUCGCGCAAGAUUGAAGAGUACAUAUUAUGAUACAGUGGAUACAAAUGAAGAUCGAUUUAAAGAAGAAAAUAUGCCUCCAAAUGUCGAUGAAAAUGACUGGAAAUGGCUUGUUGAAUAUUUUGGGUCAACAGACUUUAAGGUAUAG